GCUACUACCGAUUGUCAUUCGUGUUGGCCAUGUGCGGGUCCCGGUUUUCCACUUGCGAAUUUGAAAUCAUUUCCAUUUUGGCGGCAACUGAAUUCGGAUUAUUCCGCAAAUUUCUUCUUGAGUGAUUGAUAAGACACCUAUAAGCUUCAGUAUCAUCAGCAUCAUGUCCUCACCCGUCGGUCCAGAGCCCAGCAACCUGAUCUGCCCCAGCUGCCACCAGAACGUGACAACGCGCACCGAGCCAAAGGCCUCGACCAAGACGCACUUAAUAGCGCUGAUCAUGUGCCUGACCUGCCUCUUUCCCUGCGCGUGCUGCCUGUACUGCACGGAAUGUGCUCGCAACACGGCACACUUCUGCCCCUCCUGCAAUGCCUACAUUGGAUCCUACGAGCGUUGACUGGAAGCCAGGCUUUCUCUGGUCUGCUCCCCAGCAGCCAUGCCGGAAUACUACGCUACUUUUUCUAA